AGAGCCAAGCGGGGCCGAAUCUCCGAGGAGUUGCCGCCACCUGACCCGCAAGAUGGCCGCUCUGUACGUGAGCCCACGCCCCAAACAGCGCUCGUCUUCGUUGAAAAAGCCCAGACGUCGCCAACUGGAGAACAUCGACUUGGACGAGAUGCGACCUCGAACCACCAGCCUCCCCACCAGGAACACGCUGACGCGUCCAGGGAUGCGUUACCUCUCACCCAAUCUGGAGCCCGACUGUAGGUGGGUGCCUCUAGUUAGACACGGCAAUAUAUAUCAAUGGGUGGCGGUGUCCAGUCACGCGGAGAGCUCCAUGGAGGACGUCCAUGAGCACGCGAUGAGGCCGAGGACCACAAGUCUGCCGGGCAGGAACCACGUCAUGAGAUCGGGGGCUGGGGACCUGAGCAGUAUUGAGGAGCCCGAGGGAAGCGUGCAGCCUCUGAGGUCUUUCAUCACAACACCCAAAGGCCUGGUCAACAGGGGAGACUCACUCAGGUCUCGGAGCACGAGCAGUGUGCUCUCCUCUUGUAGCGGGAGCAUGACAGAACUCACUCCUCAGUCAAGGUCAAGGACAUCCAGCUCCGUGUCGUAUGGCAGCGCGUGCAGCCACAGCCCGGGUGUCCCCGGCUCCCCCGUACCCCCGACCUCCCCGGUCUGUGGGCGGGCCGAAUGUCCUUAUAAGGUCACAGUUCUGGGCUGCUGUGGCGUGGGCAAGAGGUCAUUGACACACCAGUUCACCACGUCACAGUACCUGGGUGGAAUGGAUUCACCCUUUUCGCAAGAAUGCGACAGAGAAAUGCACAUGUCAGUGCUGCUGGACGGGGCAGAAACUGCUUUAGAUUUCUUCACACCUGUAGAAAACCUGGACCUACAUUCCGUACCCAACACAGAUGCCUUUGUUGUUGUCUUCACCAUUGAUGACCGCUCCACUUUUGAAAGAGGCACAGAUCUUCUGUACGAACUGCGAAAAAUUGACAUGUGGGCGGGGCCUGUCAUUCUCGUGGCUAAUAAGUGCGAUCUUGUCAGGACGCGAGACGUAUCAACAGAAGAAGCGACCAGUGUCGCCACUACCUACGACUGCAAAUACAUCGAGACGUCAGUCGUGCUCAAUCACAACGUGGACGAGUUGCUCGUGGGCGUGGUCUCACAGAUCCGACUCAAAGCCACACCCUCCAAAAAGUCUUCGGCCCACGGGGAGUCCAGCUGCUACGCCAGGAGCAAACACCUGCUCAACAAAAUCUUCAAAAAGGACGCUCUUUCUAAGUCUUGUGAAAACUUGUACGUGCUUUAAUCGGAGACUUCUUAGGACGACUGUCCGCUGCUGUCGCCUCUUGCCGUAGUCGCAAAAUACUGCCAUUCUUCAACGAGAAUUUUCAACAACAGUAGAAGAGUAAAAGUGUGUGUGGGUUUAUAGCCGCUAUCAACACUAUUAGGUUACUGAAGAGGAGGGACCUCCGAUGAGUUUGAAGUUCGUCUCCGAUAGGGUCGAGCAAUAUGGGUUGAGAGCCUUGAAAACUCUACAAAACGACCCGGGUUCACGAACACUCAGUUUUGGAUUCGAACCACGGCCAUCCGCUCUGAAGUCUUACAUGACACCAACUGAGCUAACAGUUGAAGAGAAAGAUUAACCCCAGGACGUCAGUCGCUUCAUGAGAGUCAGAAUCUGACAUUCUGUUACGAAAUAUGAUGUGUACGUAACUGCCUUGUUAAUUAAAGUCGCGUAGAUGGUCUUGGCGACAGGAUGUUCACGAAUCCAGUUAUUCUGUUAACUGCUUUGUGAAUAUACUUCCAUUUGUCAUCAGUUGUCAAAGACACGUGUGACUUACACUGUCUAUAGAGAACUUUGGGGGUUUUAAUAUCUUGUUUGCUGACUGCUGAAAUCCUCUUUGAGCCUCACCUUCAAACUUAGACAUCCCUGACUGUCUAUAGAUCGAGUUGAGGUCAACCUUUACAUUGAUUACUCCUUUAUAACAGUCAGUUCCAUCAUCAUCACCAUAAAGUGUCAAAACUGAAAUAUUGGCAAUCACAGUUCGUUAUUCAUUUCUUUGCUCGGUUGAUCUAAAAGAAAAAAAACUAUACAUUAUUUCCUGGUCUUUCGCCGUCACUCAUUAUUAUGUUCAGGUUUUCUGAGUAAGUUGCUUUGGGUUACCGCCCCUGCUUCCUUUGCCUUUUUUCCAGCUCGAGAAAAAUGCUCAAGACCUUUAUGUCGUUUCAAGCGUCCCAGACAUUGCAUUUGCCUCUUCCUAACUGUUUGAUUAGUAAGCGGCUCACUCGGACUUCUUUCACCACUACCUCGUUUUGAUUUCUUUUCCCUCUUUGAAAUUCUGAACUUUUGUUGUUUCUAUUUUAUUUUCACUGUUUUCGGUAAAUUAUUAUUCAACAUUCAUUCUGACGUCUCCGUUUUUCAAGAUUGGGCUCACUUUUAUUGAAACUGUCUGUGGCUAUGGCAAUUUUUCGUUUUAUUUCUGUGGAACAUUUGACAUACGAUGUAUUUAUAAAUAUAUUUUAGACAUUUAACACGUUGAACUUGUUUGAUCUUUAAACUUUGCUUAGGAGAUCAUCAACUGGGUUGACUAAUUUAUUUAUUUUGUAAAAUAUUUCCACGCAUAUUGUUUUUUUCACAUUCGGCAUUACCCGUUUACUUUCACUUUCUGUCACAACAGUAUCAAGAAGAUAUGCGCAUAAAACCGAAUUACCACUCUCAAACAUUUAAAUUAUUACGGGUGUUUAAAAAUGUUGCUUUUGUUUGUUUGGGUUUUUUUGGUUUUAUUUUGUUUUUUCCUUUUGGAGGGGGUGGGGAAUCAAAUAAUUACAAACAUUUAGGAACCCAAAACAUAAGCCCCAAGCAUGCACAAUGAAAAGCAGAAUAAUUAGUGAACCAACCGAUGAAGUAACUUAUUUUCCCUGAGCCAGCAUGGCAAGAUUAAAUUUCUCCAU